GGUUAUGUCAACUGGACAAGACAAUAAAGAUUUUAAGCAUUGCAUGGAUUAUGGUCCACAAAAGUGGCCUAAUGUAUCAAUGAUAAAAAGGGCAUUUUCAAGCGCUUUAAUCAAAAACGGUUCAGGGCCCUUUGUCGAAAAGACCAAAGAAUAUCGUGAAAUUUUCCAAAAACCAAGUAAAAAGUAUUUGAUACCUUCAAAUCAAAUACUUCAGAAUAUUUGCGAAGAUUUUGUUCGUAAAGAAGAGGAGAAAUUUAUAAAUAGUUGCGCGAUUUGGGCAUAUAAAGAAGAAGAAAUAUCAAUAAAUGAUGUUUGUGAAAUACUCACUCCUUUUCCUUUGUUUAAUACAUGGGAUCCAAACAACAUAGAGAUCAUAAGAUUUUCUAAAGACUCUAUUGAUGCAACAAAAAGAUUAUCUAAAAAUAAAAGAGCAUUUAAAGGAUUACGAUUAAGGAAGAGAUUGGCUAUUUUCACAAUAAAUAUUGCUGAUACUAUGUUAGAAUUUUGA